CAGAGUGCAGCCCGAUGCAGACACGCCAGAUAUGGCACUCUGGACUCUGACUUAUGGAGGCACUGAUUGAUGUCUGUUGGAGUGCUCAUGGAAAAUACGCACAGAAGCUGCUGAAGGAUUUGUUCAGCAACUACACCAGUGCUCUGAGGCCGGUGGAAGACACAGACAACAUCCUGAAUGUCACCUUGCAGAUCACCCUGUCACAAAUCAUUGACAUGGAUGAACGCAACCAGAUAUUGACAGCAUAUUUGUGGAUCCGGCAGGUGUGGACAGAUUCCUACCUCACCUGGGAUAAAGAUGACUAUGAUGGGCUUGAUACCAUCCGUAUACCUGGUAGUUAUGUAUGGAGACCUGACAUUGUCCUAUAUAACAAUGCAGAUGACCAUUUCACAGUCCCCAUGCACACCAAUGUGGUUAUCAGACAUGACGGACAGAUCAUGUGGGACUCCCCGGCCAUCACCAAGAGCUCCUGCAAGGUGGACGUGUCCUACUUCCCCUUUGAUUCCCAGCAGUGCCGAUUCACCUACGGUUCCUGGACCUACAAUGGGAACCAGCUGGACAUCACGAAUGCCCUGGACAGUGCGGACAUAGCUGACCUGGUGGAGAACGUGGAGUGGGAGAUUCUGGGAAUGCCUGCUAAGAAGAACGUCAUUCUGUACGGGUGCUGUGCCGAGCCUUACCCUGACGUGACCUACACCCUCAAACUCAAGCGGAGGGCCUCCUUCUACAUCUUCAACCUGCUCAUUCCGUGCGUGAUGAUCUCCUUCCUGGCUCCUCUGGGAUUCUAUCUGCCCGCUGACUCUGGUGAGAAGGUGUCCCUAGGGGUGACAGUGAUGCUGGCUCUCACAGUCUUCCAGCUGCUGGUGGCAGAGAUCAUGCCUCCCUCGGAGAAUGUCCCACUUAUUGGAAAAUAUUACAUUUCCACAAUGACCAUGAUAACAGCGUCCACUGCCUUGACCAUUUUCAUCAUGAACAUCCACCACUGCGGCCCAGAUGCUAAACCUGUGCCCAAAUGGGCUAAAAAGGUCAUCCUGCAAUACCUGGCACGUGUGUGCUUUGUUUAUGAAGUGGGGGAAAAUUGCUUGUCUGUCCAGCCAGAGAAACAGGAGCCUCCUCCCCAACCGAAAAGAGACAACUGCUGCAUGAACGGACAAGCAGGCAGAGAGGACUUCCGGGUGCGGGUGGAGGGAGGCUUGGAGGCGGUGAUCCCCGAGGUGAGAGAGGACUUGGAUCAGAUGAUGAGCCCCACUGGCUCCAUGGGGAGGAACCCCACCAACCACUACAGCGCCUGGAGGAAUGGCGUGUUCAUGAGUCUGGACUGUGGGGACACGUUGAGGUCAGCCAGGCGGAGCAGGAAAGGAGGUGUGAGUGACAGAGUUGGGGAAGAGGUCCCGUGCCAAAGUCAAUGCGCGUGUCAGCAGCAGCAGCUCCUCAGGAAUAUGGAGUACAUCGCCAACUGCUACCGUGAUCAGAGGGCCACACAGAAAAGAACUGGGGAGUGGAAGAAGGUGGCCAAGGUGUUAGACCGCUUCUUCAUGUGGAUGUUUUUCAUCAUGGUCUUCCUCAUGAGCUUGCUUAUCGUGGGGAAGGCAAUUUAAAGAUCCCAUGACAUGCUGUUUUUGGAUGCUUUUAUAUAGA